AUGAGCUGGGGAUUCCUGCGAGACAUCCUAAGUGGAGUGAAUAAAUAUUCAACAGGGAUUGGCAGGAUCUGGUUGGCUAUUGUGUUUAUAUUCCGCUUGCUUGUCUAUGUUGUGGCAGCAGAACACGUCUGGAAGGAUGAACAGAAGGAAUUCGAGUGCAACAUCAGGCAACCGGGUUGUGAAAACAUCUGCUUUGACCACUUCUUCCCCAUUUCCCAGAUCAGGCUUUGGGCCUUGCAACUGAUCAUGGUCUCCACCCCUUCUCUUUUGGUUGUUCUCCAUGUUGCCUAUCGAGAGAGCAGGGAAAAGCGACACAAAAUGAAACUUUACAAGACCCCAGGGAGCAUGGAUGGUGGAUUGUUGUGUACUUAUCUCAUCAGCCUCAUUUUCAAAACAGGAUUUGAAAUUGGUUUCCUGGUUUUGUUUUACAAGUUGUAUGGUGGAUUCAAUGUGCCACGCCUUGUGAAGUGUGACAUGAGGCCAUGUCCUAACACUGUAGAUUGCUAUAUCUCCAAACCCACAGAGAAGAAAGUCUUCCUCUAUUUUGUGGUGGUGACUUCGUGCUUGUGCAUUGUAUUAAAUGUAAGUGAACUGAGCUAUCUGAUUUUCAAAUACACCAUAAAAUGUUACCUUGAGAGAUAUAACAAGAAAGUUCAAACCAUGAAAAGUGAAUGCCAGAAGCUGAAAUACGUUGAUCCCGCUGAAACAGCAAGUACAGCUCUGUUCCACAGCAAUGCUUCACCAGUGCUCGUCAAUAUGCCAGAUAAACCUAAAAGUAACUUACCUACUGAUUUGAGAGAAGGAUAA